GUGGAAUCGGGCGGCCAAGUGAAUGACAUUUUCUGUCACCCACCCAAACUCCAAAGAAGAGAAGGCGUGUCUCACUUUCUCUCUCGUGCCGCAAGCUUUUCAAGGCGUGUUCCUCACUUGCUUUACUCCAUUACAAGUAGUAGUCUCCUACUAGAAGACCAACAACAACAAGUUGGAUCUCUUUGUUCAUCAGUGACAUAUAUUAAAUUGAAAACCACUGAGACAAGAGUAUCUAUAAGAACAUUGAGAUAAAGUUUGAUCUCUGUUUAAUGAUUGUUUAAGCGUUUGUUCUUGUAUUUAUUCUUUGAAAAUAUGGCGUGUGUUUUCAGAAUAUAUUUUAUUUAAAUUGUUGUAGACUCACAGUAGGCUAAUCAAAGCGCGUCCUACAGCGCACCGCACAGAUACUCUCUCACGGUACACAUCCCCAACUCCACCAUUUACCAUUUAUCGACCACAUAUAUUGAUGCUCUCUUUAAUUUUAUUUUUCAGUUCAAAAUUUUCUUAAUAUCGAAGGAUCUUAUUUCUGGACACGCACACGCACACCCAUACAUUUAUAUGGUCAGACAGUGGAUCUGGUCAGACAAAAAAAAUUGAAUGUCUUUUAAAUUAAACUAUCUUGUCCAGAUAUUCUUUAACUAUUCUGUAAUUGCACCUCAACUAAUUUCCAAGUUUUGUAACCAACAUAUUUGUAACCAAACAAACAUAAAACUAUUAUGAGAGAAUAUUUAACUAGAGCGCCUGAAUUUAGUGGAUGGGUUAGGUUAUUUCCCUUUGAGAUUUUUAUUAUCCAAACAAAGUGAUCGAUCUAACUUCAAAUUUCCGCGCUUGUGUGGUUUUGGCCUAGUUUCAUCCGUUUUCCAGUUGCUCUUUUGAUUAUAUCUCAAGAGUGGUUGGAAAGAUUGAUGUUAGCGGGACAAAUGACCAUUCGGCGUAUGAGUGGUGAUUGGAUAGUUAGUGUUUGUAGGCUCUGUGCUCGCGCACCCAACUACAGACCAACUAUCUUCCUCAGUUUCUUCACUAGCAUAGUUUUAUGCUUGUUGAACUGAUCCGGGGCCUGUGUUGCGUACCCCUCUAGAAGGAAUUGUUAAGCUUUACUUAAAAUGUUGAUUGCGGUAUCUCCUUCAGUGGGAAAGUCAUGAACACAUAAGCCGAUCAGCACUUGUUUUAGAAAAAACAAAACAGGUACAUAAACUACAAUCUAGCUCAACAGAAGCUGGUUUCUAAAAACAAUAAAUAUUUCCGGACAAGACUUUUUCUAUAAAGAGAAAGUUGACACAAAAAAAAAAGAAUGGGUGUUGUUUAUUCCCCUCAUGAAACUUGCUUUUGGUCAUUAUAAAAAUACAUUUUGAAAAAAUCAAUGAGAUAGGAGUAAUAUUUUUGCAAAAGACUAAACAAAUUGAGUAGAAACAGUCAGCAAAACAGUGACAUCCUUACCUUUUAAAAGUUCCCCAGUUUUGACUUUUGACCUAAACCAUUUCCAUGAUGACGAGUAGAAGAAACAAAAACAACAAAAAAUACAAUAAUAUAAAAUUUAAGAAAAGGAGACCAAGAAAGGUAGACGAAAGGAAGAGGGCAACUUCCUCUCUUCUUCUUCGCAACGAAGCUUUCUUUUUAAAAGGAGCCUUUACGUCGUCUCUAUUAAUCCUUCUUCUUUAGAAACCCAAACCACUUCUUUAAUUCUUCUCUAAACCUUCCAGAGUUUGUAACUUUGCUAUUGAUUUUCCUCUCACCUUCCUGCAAAGCUAUAUCUUCUUCUCUAGAGAAGAGAUGUGCGGCUCAGAGAGAAACCUCUGCUCUUCAAGAACCAUUUUAACAGAAGAUGAACUCAUGAGGGCCAAAGCAGAACAAGAGCGUGUUGACGCCACCAUGUGUCUUCUUGAACUCGCAGCCUGCGAUGAUCUACCAUCGUUCAAGAGACAAACCGAAGAGAGCUCUCUGGAUAUCAACGAACCGGGCUUGUGGUACUGCAAACGGGUCGGGUCAAAGAAGAUGGGGUUCCAAGAAAGAACACCUCUCAUGGUUGCUGCUAUGUACGGAAGCAUCGAAGUUCUAACUUACAUAAUCUCCACAGGAAGAUCAGACGUGAACAGAGUUUCAAGCGACGAGGAGAAAGUCACAGCUCUUCACUGUGCUGUUUCUGGCUGUUCUGUCUCUAUCGUCCAAGUCAUCAAGAUCUUGCUUGAUGCCUCCGCUUCACCUAACUUCCUUGAUGCUAACCAAAACAAACCGGUUGAUUUAUUGGUUCAAGCUUCUCGGUUUAUACCUAACCAGACUAGAAAAGCGGUUGAGCUUCUGUUAACCGGAGUUAUUAGUUCAGAAGAGGAGGAAGUGAUGAAGAGUGUUGUGAGUAAGUAUCCAGCAGAUGCAACUCUCCCUGAUAUCAACGAAGGCGUUUAUGGAACAGACGAGUUUAGGAUGUUUAGCUUCAAGGUCAAGCCAUGUUCUAGGGCUUACUCACACGACUGGACCGAGUGUCCUUUUGUUCAUCCUGGCGAGAACGCGAGGAGGAGAGAUCCGAGGAAGUUUCCUUACAGCUGUGUCCCUUGUCUUGAGUUUCGUAAAGGGUCUUGUCCUAAAGGAGAUUCUUGCGAGUAUGCGCACGGUGUUUUCGAGUCUUGGCUUCACCCUGCUCAGUAUAAGACACGGCUUUGUAAAGACGAGACGUGUUGCGCAAGGAAGGUUUGUUUCUUUGCUCAUAGGAGGGAUGAGCUGAGAGCUGUUAAUGCUUCCACUGGCUCAGCAAUGGUUUCACCACCGAUGUCUCCUUCAUCGCCGAGUGUUACUUUGUCUCCAAGACACGGUGGUUUAUGGCAGAACAGAGUUAAUGGCCUUACACCACCACCGUUGCAGCUUAACGGUAGUAGGUUGAAGUCGAGAUUGAGCACUAGAGAUGUGGAUAUGGAGAUGGAGCUAAGGCUUCGUCGUGGUGCUUAUGAUUCUCCUUCUUCUGUGAUGCAACUUCAAUCUCCAAGCAGGAGCCAUUACCCUUCUUCUCCUAAUAGGCAACCGCCUCCACACGGGUUCGAGUCUUCAGCAGCUAUGGCAGCUGCGGUGAUGAACGCGAGAUCAUCAGCGUUUGCUAGACGCAGUUUGAGUUUCAAACCAGCUCCGGUUGCUACUUCGAAUGUUGUUUCGGAGUGGGGAUCGCCUAACGGGAAGCUUGAGUGGGGAAUGCAAAGAGAGGAGAUGAACAAGAUGAGGAGAAGUGCCUCCGUUGGCAUUCACGGAAACAACAACAACAGUUACAACAAUGUGUCGGUUUCUGUAAGAGACUACAGUGAUGAGCCAGAUGUCUCCUGGGUGAACUCUUUGGUGAAAGAGAGUGAGCCUGAGAGAGCCUUUGGGUUGAAUGAGCGGGUAGGGAACACGUUUAAGGUGCGGUCGUGGGCAGAGCAAAUGUACAUAGACCAUGAGAAGCAGCAGAUUGUGGCAUAAGAAGCAGAUAAAAUGAGACUUCGUUGCUUUUCUUAUGGGCCGGCCUCUCAUCUAACAAAGUCUUGAGAAUAAUUCUUUGAUAUGUGUUUGACUCCAUAGUUUUUAUUAUAUGUUCUUUAUAUUUUCUUGUUCUUUUUUUUUCAUGUCAUUCUCUUGUCUUUUGUGACACUAUGUAAUGAUUAAAACGAAAUAAUUGAUUAAUGAGCUCAAAUGUUCUCCUGAAUGAA